AUGAGCACCCCUGCCCUCCGCGUUUCCUACCUCCCUUCUUCCCGCCACAUCCACCUCGACCUCUUUUCCUCGACAUUCCUUCCCUCCGACCCCUCCUCUCGUGGUGCAGCCAUGGCUCUGCGCUCUAGCAGGGAAUAUAUUGUUGGAACAGCUGUGCACAUGUACCUCAUCCCAUACCUCAUCCCAUACCUCAUCCCAUACCUCAUCCCAUACCUCAUCCCAUACCUCAUCCCAUACGUCAUCCCAUACCUCAUCCCAUACCUCAUCCCAUACCUCAUCCCAUACCUCAUCCCAUACCUCUUCCCGUACCUCAUCCCAUACCUCAUCCCAUACCUCAUCCCAUACCUCAUCCCAUACCUCAUCCCAUACCUCUUCCCAUACCUCAUCCCAUACCUCAUCCCAUACCUCAUCCCAUACCUCAUCCCAUACUUCAUCCCAUACCUCAUCCCAUACCUCAUCCCAUACCUCAUCCCAUACCUCAUCCCUCACCUCAUCCCACACCUCAUCUCUCACCCCAUCUCUCACCUCAUCUCUUACCUCAUCCCACACCUCAUCCCACACCUCAUCUCACACCUCAUCCCACACCUCAUCCCAAACCUCAUCCCAAACCUCAUCCCAAACCUUGGCACCUGA